ACGCGGCAGAGAGAGGCAUGUCCCUGCGUGUUCCUGCCGGAGGUCGAUCCACGCAGAGCCAGAACAGAGGGAGACAGAGCAGGUCUGUCCGUGGAUCCUGAAGCAGCAAGCAGCAGCGGCGACAGAGCUCUGCGUGGACCCUCAUCGACCCACCGAUCACCCCCUGAUGGAUCAGUGACGUGUCCGUGGCCGUGGGACUGCGUGUUUCUGCGUAGGGGACGUGUUGUCGGCGUGUUUCUGCGUGUUUCCAGGUUGAUCGGCCCGGCUCUGCGGCCAUGGGUUUCUACGGCACCCUGAAGCUCAUCUUCUACAAGAUGAAGAGGAAGCUGGAUCACGGUCCAGACGGCCGGCCGUUCCCCUCGGGAAAGAAGCACUGCAAAGGGAACGGGUACCUCAGCCCCUCCAGUCUGGCUCAGGCCACGCCCACAACAUUCGGGGACCUGCGGCUGGCCAAUGGGCAUUCAGCUCAGCGGCGACGCGUCAACUCCGGCCCGCCUCCUUCUGGGCUGCAGGACUGGCUUCUUACCUUUCAGAUGUGGAGCGGCCCUGAGAGGCUCCUGGCUCUGGAUGAGCUGAUUGACCGCUGCGAGACCAUCCAGGUGAAGCACGUGAUGCAGGUCAUCGAGCCUCAGUUCCAGAGAGACUUCAUAUCUCUGCUGCCCAAAGAGCUCGCCCUCUACGUGCUCACCUUCCUCGCUCCCAGAGACCUGCUGCAGGCGGCGCAGACCUGCAGGUACUGGAGGAUCCUGGCCGAGGACAACCUGCUGUGGAGGGAGAAAUGCCGCGAGGAAGGUAUAUCAGACAGUGCCCCGCACCAGCGUAGAGAGUAUAUGCGACCCAGCGCUCCCUUCAGCCCUUGGAAGUCUGCCUACAUAAGACAGCAUCGAAUCGAGACCAACUGGAGGAAGGGCGACACGGGGGAACCCAUGGUGCUGAAAGGUCACGAUGACCAUGUGAUCACCUGCCUCCAGUUCAGCGGCGACCUGAUCGUCAGCGGCUCGGACGACAACACGCUCAAAGUGUGGUCGGCCAUCACCGGAAAGUGUCUGCGCACGUUGACGGGCCACAGCGGCGGCGUGUGGUGCAGUCAGAUGGCCGGCGCCACGGUGAUCAGCGGCUCCACCGACCGGACGCUGCGGGUGUGGGACGCCGAGAGCGGGGAGUGCGUGCACGCCCUGUACGGGCACACGUCCACCGUGCGCUGCAUGCACCUGCACGGCAACAGGGUGGUGUCGGGCUCCCGGGACACGACGCUGCGCGUCUGGGACGUGUCGACGGGCCGCUGCGAGCACGUGCUGACGGGCCACGUGGCGGCGGUCCGCUGCGUGCAGUACGACGGGCGCCGCGUGGUGUCGGGCGGCUACGACUACAUGGUGAAGGUGUGGGACCCCGAGACGGAGGUGUGUCUGCACACGCUCCAGGGCCACACCAACCGGGUGUACUCCCUGCAGUUUGACGGCGUCUUUGUGGUGAGCGGCUCGUUGGACACUUCGAUCAGAGUCUGGGACGUGGAGACAGGCGGCUGCGUCCACACGCUGACCGGCCACCAGUCGCUGACGAGCGGCAUGGAGCUACGGGACAACAUCCUGGUGUCCGGGAACGCCGACUCCACCGUGCGAGUGUGGGACAUCCGGACGGGACAGUGUCUUCACACGCUGCAAGGACCCAACAAGCAUCAGUCUGCGGUGACGUGUCUGCAGUUCUGCAGAGGUCUGGUUCUGUCCAGCUCCGACGACGGGACCGUCAAGCUGUGGGACCUGCGGACCGGAGCCUGGCUGCGGGACGUGGUGGCGCUGCAGAGCCGGGGAUCAGGUGGAGUGGUGUGGCGAAUCAGAGCGUCCGACACCCGGCUGGUGUGUGCUGCAGGAAGCAGGAACGGCACCGAGGAGACCAAGCUGCUGGUGUUGGACUUUGACCUGGGCGACCGGAAGAAGGACGCGGAUACGAAAUAAGAAAGUAAAACGAAAAGGACCGACUGGAGAUGGGGUUUAUUUUUUAAACGGCGAAGCUACGGACUAUUUCUUUAGUUGUUGUUGACCAAAGUCCUGACUGAACCAAUCGGUCGGCUGCGAAUGUUACAACGAAUGACCUGAUUGGCUGAGACAGGGAUAGAUGGAGGAAAACUUGCUGCUCGGACGAUGAAUCAAAAAAGUGACUGAAACGGUGUGUGACGCUCAGAAUAAAUGGAUGUAAUAUAUGAUUGUAUAUGACAGGAAGACGGCUCAAAGCUUUGAAUGUAGCCGUUGGAAGAGGAACAUUUUUUUUUUGUUGCUGCUGUACCAAUGAAGAGGUGACGAUGCUGUUCAAACUAACCAAAUCUACCAAACCGUUACAGCCAGAGAGAAGGGCAAUGGAGGCGAGUGAUUUAUUUAAUUUUUUUUUCUGCUUACAUUCAGUCAGCGUUGUUUUCAAACCGGCGUCGUACCAGGCGUGUCUCUUUUUGGGACGCGUUCGGAAAACAAAGUGCUGGAGCAAAAAACACAUAACCAGAGCCUCACAUCUGCAACAGCUGGAGCUAUAAAAAAACAUUCGUCAGAAAUAAUCAAUCACACUAAAAAAAAUUGAGCUGUUGCAGUUUGGCG